AUGGGUAACGAAGUAGAUGAAGAAGUCCUGGAAAAUCCGGAACUUUAUGGAUUGAGAAGGUCUCAUAGAGCUUCUGCACAUCCAACAACAAAGUAUUUUAGUGAAGACGAGGAUGCGGAUGAAGAUGAAGAUGAUGGACCCGUUAUGGGAUCUAGACGUAGAAAAAAUAGACAAUAUACUGAUCCUGAUGCGGAUGAAGGUGAUAUAGAUGAGGAAGAGGACGAAGAGGACGAAGAAGAAGAAAUAGGUGAUGAAGAAGACGAUGACGAUUAUUUUGGAUCACCAAAUAAAUCAAAAAGACGUAGUCAGGGGAACAAUCACGGAAGGAAAAGCAAACCAAUGAAGGCUAAAGAAGAAAAUUUACCUACUAGAUUCUCGAAUCGUACGAGUAAGGCUGUUAAUUAUAAUAUAGAUUAUUCCGAUGAAGAUUUACUAGAGUCUGAUGAUGGAGGGAGGGCCAAGGCUAAUACUAAUAACGACGAAAUAGAUGAUGAGAUGAAUUCCGACGAUGAACAAAUGUACUAUUCUACCACUCCUCAGGCUGCAGAUGAGGAUCGCGGUGUAGAUCUAGUGAUUACGCAUAAGCUAAAAGAUGAUAUCGAUCCACAAGUGGAAAGUCAAGUACCUGAACUGAGUCAAUGUAAGGAGAAUUAUCUAUUUCUUAUUAAAUGGAGCGAUGAAUCCUAUUUGCAUAAUACUUGGGAAGAGUAUGAAAAUCUAAAACAAUAUCGCGGUAUCAAGAGAGUGGAUAAUUAUUGUAAGCAGUUUAUCAUACAAGACUUGGAAUUCAGAUUAGACCCUUAUGUUACGGCCGAAGACUUAGAAAUCAUGGACAUGGAACGUGAAAGGCGGUUAGACGAAUUUAAAGAAUAUGAAGAACCUGAAAGAAUUGUUGAUAGUCAACGUAUUACAGAUGAUGAAGGUAGUUCACAAUUACAAUAUUUGGUUAAGUGGCAUCGCUUGAAUUAUGAUGGAGCUACUUGGGAAAAUGCAACUGAAAUUGUUAAAUUGGCGCCUGAGCAAGUUAAACAUUUUCAAAAUAGAACGAAUUCCAAGAUCCUCCCACAAUAUUCAAGUUCUUAUUCAUCUCAAAGGCCUCGUUUUGAAAAGUUAAGUGUACAACCACCAUUUAUUAAGAAUGGUGAAUUGAGAGAUUUCCAACUGACCGGUAUCAAUUGGAUGGCAUUUCUUUGGUCAAAAAAUGACAACGGUAUAUUAGCAGAUGAAAUGGGAUUAGGUAAAACCGUUCAGACGGUAGCAUUUAUCAGCUGGUUAAUUUUUGCACGAAGGCAAAAUGGUCCCCAUCUCAUUGUGGUACCACUUUCUACAAUGCCAUCUUGGCAAGAGACCUUCGAGAAAUGGGCUCCUGAGUUAAAUUGCAUUUGUUAUAUGGGGAAUCAGAAGUCAAGAGACGCUAUUAGAGAAUACGAAUUUUACACAAAUCCACAAGCAAAAGGUAAGAAAAAUGUUAAAUUUAACGUAUUACUGACCACAUAUGAAUACGUGUUAAAAGAUCGCUACGAAUUUAGUACUAUAAGAUGGCAAUUCAUGGCAGUUGAUGAAGCUCACAGGUUGAAAAAUGCAGAAUCUUCACUCUAUGAAUCCUUGAAUAGUCUCAAAGUGUCCAACCGUCUUUUAAUCACAGGUACCCCAUUGCAAAACAAUAUCAAAGAACUGGCCGCACUGGUGAAUUUCUUAAUGCCUGGAAGAUUUACCAUAGAUCAAGAAAUUGAUUUUGAAAAUCAAGAUGAUGAACAAGAACAAUACAUUAGAGAUUUACAUCAAAGGUUACAACCAUUCAUCUUACGUCGUCUCAAAAAAGAUGUGGAAAAAUCACUACCGUCUAAGACCGAACGUAUUUUACGUGUGGAAUUAUCUGAUGUACAAACAGAAUAUUACAGAAACAUUCUAACCAAAAAUUAUAGUGCAUUAACAGCAGGUGCUAAAGGUGGCCAUUUCUCCCUUUUAAACAUCAUGAAUGAAUUGAAAAAAGGUUCUAAUCAUCCUUAUUUAUUCGAUAAUGCUGAAGAAAGAGUGCUCGAGAAAUUCGGUGACGGUAAUAGAUCUAGAGAAAACAUCCUUAGAGGUUUGAUUAUGUCAUCUGGUAAAAUGGUUUUACUUGAUAAAUUAUUGACCAGAUUAAAGAAAGAUGGUCAUCGUGUAUUAAUCUUUUCACAAAUGGUAAGAAUGCUUGACAUAUUAGGGGAUUAUUUGUCAAUUAAGGGAAUCAAUUUUCAAAGGUUAGAUGGUACGGUUCCAUCUAAUCAAAGAAGAAUUUCCAUCGAUCACUUCAAUGCACCUGAUUCCAACGAUUUCGUGUUUUUAUUGUCUACAAGAGCUGGUGGGCUAGGUAUUAAUUUGAUGACGGCGGAUACAGUUAUCAUAUUUGAUUCCGAUUGGAACCCUCAAGCAGAUUUACAGGCUAUGGCUAGAGCUCAUCGUAUUGGACAGAAAAAUCAUGUCAUGGUUUACAGAUUGGUUUCCAAAGAUACGGUAGAAGAAGAAGUUUUAGAAAGAGCUCGUAAGAAGAUGAUUUUGGAAUACGCUAUCAUUUCUCUUGGUGUCACUGAUGGUAAUCAAUACAGUAAGAAGAACGAACCCUCUGCAGGUGAACUAUCAGAAAUUUUGAAAUUUGGUGCCGGUAAUAUGUUUACCGCUAACGAUAACCAAAAGAAAUUAGAAGAUUUGAAUUUGGAUGACGUCUUGAAUCAUGCUGAAGACCACGUAACGACUCCGGAUCUUGGUGAAUCUCAUCUCGGUGGCGAAGAAUUUUUGAAACAGUUCGAAGUUACCGAUUAUAAGGCAGAUGUGGAUUGGGAUGACAUUAUUCCUGAAGAUGAAUUGAAAAAAUUGCAAGACGAAGAUCAAAAACGUCGGGAUGAUGAAUACGUUCAAGAACAAUUGCAACUGAUGAAUCGUAGAAAUAACGCUUUGAAGAAAAUUAAGGAUAGCGUUAAUGGCGAUGGGUCUACCCAGGUAUCUGAAGAUGAAAGUGGUACUAAGGCAGCCAGAAGACGUGAUAAAGUGAACAACAUGGAAGAUUUGGAAGAAAAGGAGAUACGUGCACUUUACAAAGCUGUUCUCAAACAUGGUGACAUUACGGAAAUGCUUGACACUUUGAUAGCCGAUGGUUCGUUACCGGAUAAGUCAGUUGAAAAAUACGAAGAAGCUUAUUCGCAAAUGAUAGAGGACGCUAGACAAUAUUUGGAGAAGGAGGAACGUAAGAGAACUCACAUCAUGGAAGCCUUGGAGGAUGAUGCACGUAAUUACAGAUCAAAAUUAAAGUCUGGUGAUGUCAAACAAGAAGAUCAACCAAAGGAUAAUCCAUUGACUAGACUAGCGGCUAAAAGGAAAGAGAAGAAGGCUGUAUUAUUCCAGUUCGAGGAUAUGAAGAACUUGAAUGCGGAGUCAUUAGUCAACAGAGUGGAAGAUAUGAAAUUGUUGAAAGGCUACAUCGAUAAACAUUACAAGGAUGAUCCAUUUAAAUUCAAAUUUAACUCUCAACAGCCAAAGGCGGUACAGAAUUGGAACUGCCGUUGGGAAAAAUCCGAUGAUGAGAAAUUAAUUGUCGGGGUGUACAAGUACGGUUACGGAUCUUGGUCUCAAAUACGAGAUGACCCAUUCCUUGGACUAGAGAACAAGAUUUUCCUCAACGAUACAGGCGGUGGGAACGCUGGAGCCGGAGCUGGAGCCGGAGCUGGAUCAAGACCAGCAUCAGCAGCCCAAGAAACAUCGUCAUCAGCAGAUAAGAAGGCCAAAGGUUCGAAGAAAGUUCCCGGUUCCAUCCAUUUGGGUAGAAGAGUUGAUUAUUUAAUCACAGUCUUAAAAGACGAGUCUAAUGAAACCAGUGAGCCUACUGGCCCCAAACGUCGUAAACCAGCAAGUAAGGCAGGCACUCCUGACACCGGUAAUGAACCUCCUGCUAAACGUAUGAAACCACUACCGAGAGGUCCAGCAUCUAUGAGUCCCUCUCGUGCUGGUUCCAGCUCUUCCGCCAACGGCAAAGGCAGUAAACCACCCAAACUUUCGAACAGCAAUGGUAACAACAAUAACGGCAAAAACAGCGGCAACGACGGUUCCAGUAGUAAUAACAAAAAUGGUCCUACACCGCCUUUACACCUUAAGGAAUAUGACAGUAUGGAUGAGGAAGAUUGUAUGAGAGCCAUGGGUGCGAUGAGAACUUCUUUGAAGCGCCUAAGACGUGGUGGUAAAGGUCUGGAUCGUAAGGAAUGGGCCCAAAUCCUUAAGACUGAAUUAACGGCAAUUGGUAAUCACAUAGAAUCCCAAAAGACUUCUUCCAACAGGAAAAAUCCUGAGAAACUACGUAAACACCUGUGGUCAUAUUCUGCCAAUUUUUGGCCUGCUGCAGUUAAAAGUACUAAACUUAUGGCCAUGUACGACAAGAUCACAGGCUCUAAGGGUAAACCGGGUGCCUAA